AUGAAAUUAAAAAAUGGCAGGAUAUGUGUAAUUACAAUAUGUGCAAUAUUACACUUAUCAGUAAGUUUUUUGUUUUUAAAAUGAAGCUAUUAAAAUUUUACGACAAUUGUAAGAAAAAAAGCUUUGAACUAAAAUUUUAGGUAUAUUCAAAUACGUUAGAAGACUUUAACGAAUGUCGAAAGUCGAAAGGAUUCAGUUUGAGCGGCCAAACGCUGAUUUGUGAUUCUCGGAACGAUUUGAAGCCAGAAACAGUGAAAAAAUUGUCAGAUAUUCUAAAACAUGUACAGGUAAGGUCAUACUUACAUUAUUCAUAAAUUUUAAAAUUUUAAAAAUUUUUUGAAAAAUUUAGCAAAUUUUUUAAAAAAAUUUUGAACUAUGGUUAUGAGCGCCCAAAAGCAUAUAAAGAAGUUAUUUUAGACAAAACUACAAUGUGAAUGCACAGAGUUAUGUGCUCGUGAUACUGACCUUGAUGGAAAAUUUGUCGGUCUACUACAAGUUACUAAUACAGCAGCGCUAAACGAAACAGGAAAGGCGUUUAACGAUGUGGCUAGCGAGAUUUAUGAGUUGGCCGGGCUGGGAAAUGCGGACUGCGACAAUGGGAUGUUGUUGUUUUAUGUUAAGGAUACGCAGGAGGUAAUUUUCGAAAUUUGAAUUUUAAAUAUUCUUAAAAAAUUUAAAAUUAAUAUUUCUAUAAAUUUUUCGACCGGUAAAUUGAAAAAUUAUUUUUUAAAAUUGAAUUAUUGAUCUCUAUAUCAAAAAAAUAAGCCUAUUUUCAGUUUUAACAUUAAAAAAACCGUAUUUUAGCUGGCAUCAAUGCGAGGACACAAUAAGUUUAUCCUUCUCAAGGACCAAGACUUGGACAGACUGCACCAAAUUGCCAGCGGCAAUAAAACCGAUGACUUGAAUGCAGUAGCAAUGGAAUUUUUGGUCGAUAAAGAUAAUGCCACUUCUGGAGGGUCGAUUCAAACUUUUUUAAAAUCAGCCAGUAACACUUGGGCGGUGGGUUUUUAAAAAUUUUUUAAAUUUUAAAUUUUUUUUUAUUUUUAAAUUAAAAAAAUUGAAUUUGUAGAAAUUUUUGAAAUAUUUAUGCAAAUUAACAAUAGAAUUUUACAUAAAUCAAACCUAAACCACUACAUUUUAGCCGAUAGUAGGACUAGUAGUGGUAGGAGUUCUACUUUUGUUCAUAUUGGCAUUGUUAUUGGCCUGUUGCUUGGCCAAGUUGUGUGGUUGUUGUUCUCCAAAGCCAAACAAAAACAAGUACUAUGUAACACCAAUGCCAACCUACAAAACAGUAGACCCAAUUUACAUUGUAACACCGCCCAGCGACCGGCAUGACUUAAUAUAUUCAACUCCAUACUCGGGCAGCCCGUUACCCCCACCUCCAACUAUGUACAUGACAACCCCACCUCCGCCUAUUCACAGUAGUGGUUAUAGUACGUAUGGUAAGAUCUUACUAUUUAUUUUAGUGGCUUUUAAUUUGCGGUAAAGAAGCUGCACUGUGCAGAAAAAAUGGAAGAAAUAAAAAAAUUUUAAAAUUUAAAAAAAAUUUUUAAAUAAAAAAAUUAACUGCAGGGUCUCCACGAUCACCACGAAGCCCUCUACACACUCCAAACGCUAGAAAAAGCGACACAUUGGGAAAAACUUCACCAAUGAAAAUUGACCGUGCUGGCACAUCAAAAUCAAAUUACUCAUUCCAAAACUCAUCCUCCACUACACUGCCAAUGUCCGACGGGAUACACGAACUGCCCUACCUUGAGCCGAAACGAAAAAUGGAAACUCAGACUAGGGAAGAAUUGAUUGAAUAG